AUGUUUUAUUUAUUUGCAAUAACUACUGUUUAUUCUUUUCAUUCGCAAGCUACAUGUGUUGAAACUUUCAAUGGGCUUAAUUUCUCUGAAUGGCGUGAGCAAGUCCAGUUUCACCUUGGUGUUCUGGAUCUUGAUUUAUCACUUACGACUGAGAAACCCCCUGCUCUUACUGAUUCUAGCAGUGCCGAGCAAAUAUCUUUCUAUAAAUCUUGGGAAAAAUCGAACAGAUUAAGCUUAGUGUUUAUGCGAAUGACUGUAACAAACAACAUAAAGUGUACAUUUUCUAACACAAAAAGUGCUAAGGAAUUUAUAAAAUUUGCUGAGAAUUGUUCUCAGUCUGACUCUGCUGAUAAGUCUCUUGCUGGGACACUAUUUAGUACUUUAACCAACAUGAAAUUUGAUGGUUCUUAUAUUAUGCAUGAGCAUGUUGUUGAAAUGACAAACAUAGCAACAAGACUUAAGACCCUGAGAAUGGAAGUGAAUGAAAAUUUCAUUGUGCAAUUUAUCAUUAACUCAUUGCCUCCUGAGUAUAAUCAAUUUCACAUGAACUAUAACACUAUGAAAGAUGAGUGGAAUGUGAAUGAACUACAAUGCAUGCUCAUUCAAGAGGAAGCAAGGCUUAAGAAAGGAGCAAAUCACUCUAUUAAUCUCAUGGGUCACCAAAGAAGAGCUGUAAAGAAACUUGGAAAGAAAAAUGGAAAGGGCAAGCAAUGA